AUGGAAGGGAACUUGUCAAAGGAUUCUGUUUCGUUUGAUCGGGUGGUCGAUGAAGACGACGAGGGAGGGAGAAAGAGGGCUGAGAGGAAGGAGGUGAAGAAACCGCACAACCCAGACAGAGUCAAGUACAUUGAGAAGCAGCUCUGGGACAAGGGUGUGCAGCGCAUGGAACGUCACCCUGUGGAUGGGCUCGGCGGGCUUGGACAGCCCCCACCCAAGUCCGGUCACGGUGGCAAGUACACUUGGGAGGAUCCGUGUGAUGCUGCCGAGAAUGAGCUUUCGCCUACGCUGCCGGCCAUCGACGAGGGAGAUCCCAACUAUGUGGAGGAGGAGGAAGAAAAGGGCGUUGUGAAGGAUGAGGAGCCCCAGGUUGUGGGAGAAGUGGAAGUUGCUAAGCUUGCGCAGGAUAGAGAGGGGGUUGCCAAGCUUGAGAUCAAUCCGCCUCUUGGUGUUUGA